AUGCGCAGGACGGCGCGGCCGGGGCCGCCUCCCGUGGACGCGCGGCCCGAGGGCCCCUCCGCCGCCGCCCCUGCCCCGAGGCCGACCGCGCUGCCUUCCGCGUCCGCGGGGCCCAGCGUGAGCCUCUACCUGAGCGAGAACGAGGUGCGCCGGCUCAUCGGUCUUGAUGCAGAACUUUAUUAUGUGAGAAAUGAUCUUAUUAGUCACUACGCCCUAUCCUUUAACCUGUUAGUACCCAGCGAGACAAAUUUCCUGCACUUCACUUGGCAUGCAAAGUCCAAGGUUGAAUAUAAGCUGGGAUUCCAAGGAGACAAUUUCGUGGCUAUGGACAUGCCCCAGGUCAACAUUUCUGCUCAGGGGGAAGUUCCACGCACUUUAUCAGUGUUUCGGGUCGAGCUUUCCUGUACUGGCAAAGUAGAUUCUGAGGUUACGAUACUAAUGCAGCUCAACUUGACAGUAAAUUCUUCAAAAAACUUUACAGUGUUAAAUUUUAAACGAAGGAAAAUGUGUUACAAAAAACUUGAAGAAGUAAAAACGUCAUCCUUGGACAAAAACACUAGCAGAACUAUUUAUGAUCCUGUACAUGCAGCUCCAGCCACUUGUACGCGUGUGUUUUAUAUCAGCGUAGGGGUUCGCUGUGCAGUAAUAUUUCUUGUAGCAAUAGUAUUAGCUGUUUUGCACCUUCAUAGUAUGAAAAGGAUUGAACUGGAUGACAGCAUGAGUGCCAGCAGUAGUCCCCAAGGGCUGUCUCAGCCAUCUACCCAGACGACUCAGUAUCUGAGAGCUGACACAUCCAACAAUGCAACUCCUGUCACCAGCUCCUCAGAUUAUCCUACCUUGCGGAUAGAGAAGAAUGACCUGAGAAGUGUUAUUCUUUUGGAGGCCAAAGCUAAGGUGAAGGAUAUUGCAAUAUCCAGGGAGAGGGUAACUCUAAAAGAUGUACUCCAAGAAGGUACUUUGGGGCGUGUUUUCCAUGGGAUUUUAGUAGAUGAAAAAGAUCCAAAGGAAAAACAAGCAUUUGUAAAAACAGUUAAAGAUCAAGCUUCUGAAAUUCAGGUGACAGUGAUGCUCACUGAAAGUUGUGAGCUACGAGGUCUUCAUCACAGAAAUCUUCCUAUUACCCAUGUCUGUAUAGAAGAAGGAGAAAAGCCCAUGGUGAUAUCGCCUUACAUGAAUUGGGGGAAUCUUAAAUUGUUUUUACGGCAGUGCAUUUUAGAGGCCAAUAAUCCACAGGCAAUUUCUCAACAAGACCUGGUCCACGUGGCUAUUCAGAUUGCCUGUGCAAUGAGCUAUCUGGCCAGAAGGGAAGUCAUCCACAGAGACCUGGCUGCUAGGAACUGUGUCACUGAGGACACACUUCAAGUUAAGAUCACAGACAAUGCCCUCUCCAGAGACUUGUUCCCUAUGGACUAUCAUUGUCUGGGGGACAACGAAAACAGGCCAGUUCGGUGGAUGGCUCUUGAAAGUCUGGUUAAUAAUGAGUUCUCCAGUGCUAGUGAUGUGUGGGCCUUUGGAGUGACGCUGUGGGAGCUCACGACUGUGGGCCAAACGCCCUACGUGGACAUCGACCCGUUUGAGAUGGCCGCGUACCUGAAAGACGGUUACCGAAUAGCCCAGCCGAUCAACUGUCCUGAUGAACUAUUUGCUGUGAUGGCUUGUUGCUGGGCCUUAGAUCCGGAGGAGAGUCCCAAGUUCCAGCAGCUGGUCCAGUGUCUCACAGAGUUCCAUGCAGCCCUGGGGGCCUACGUCUGACUCCUCUCACAGUCCCCCAGAGUCAGGAGGAAGGAGCCUGUCAGGGCUCACUUGCAACCAGUCACGGAUGCUGCAUACGCCAUGCAACACCGCAGAAGUACAUUUGUCUUCUAGAACACCGUGCCUUAGGAAUGCUUUAG